GGCCCAAGGAAAUUGAGUAUCUCUGCAAAGUCACCAGCUGAGUUCGAACCAGACAGAUCCUGGGACCCCCUACUCUAUCCGCCACCCGGAAGAAUCUCCGUCCUUGUCUUUCCAUUCUGCCCUCCCGGCUUCCCAGUAAGCACACAGCCCCAGGACCACCCUUGACCGUCCUCAACCAAGCGAUGCAUGCCAGGGGCCCCCAUGGCCAACUGUCCCCGGCACUGCCUCUGGCCUCCUCAGUCCUGAUGCUGCUGAUGAGCACCCUGUGGCUGGUGGGGGCCGGCCCCGGCCUGGUCCUGGCCCCGGAGCUGUUGCUGGACCCCUGGCAGGUGCACCGGCUGCUGACCCAUGCCCUGGGCCACACGGCCCUGCCGGGCCUGCUCCUGAGCCUGCUGCUCCUGCCUACUGUGGGCUGGCAGCAGGAGUGCCACCUGGGCACGCUGAGAUUCCUGCAUGCCUCAGCCCUGCUCGCCCUGGCUUCUGGGCUGCUGGCAGUGCUGCUGGCAGGCCUUGGGCUGUCCAGUGCAGCCGGCAGCUGUGGAUACAUGCCUGUCCACCUGGCCAUGCUGGCUGGGGAGGGACACCACCCUAGACGGCCCCGUGGGGCACUGCCACCGUGGCUGCCGCCGUGGCUGCUGCUUGCCCUGACCCCACUGCUCAGCUCUGAGCCACCCUUCCUGCAGCUCCUUUGCGGCCUCCUUGCUGGCCUGGCCUAUGCAGCUGGGGCCUUCCGGUGGCUGGAACCCUCAGAGCGAUGGCUGCAGGUGCUGCAGGAGGGCGUCUUGUGCAGGACCUUGGCGGGGUGCUGGCCCCUGAGGCUCCUUGCCACCCCGGGCAGCCUGGCGGAGCUGCCUGUCACCCAUCCUGCCGGAGUGAGGCCUCCCAUCCCUGGACCGCCUUAUGUGGCCUCCCCUGACCUCUGGUCCCACUGGGAAGACUCAGCCCUGCCCCCACCAAGCCUGAGGCCUGUGCAGCCCACCUGGGAGGGCUCCUCAGAGGCAGGCCUGGACUGGGCUGGGGCCAGCUUCUCCCCAGGGACUCCGAUGUGGGCGGCCUUGGAUGAGCAGAUGCUGCAGGAGGGCAUCCAGGCCUCGCUUCUUGACGGGCCAGCCCAGGAACCCCAGAGCGCACCAUGGCUGUCCAAGUCCUCUGUCUCCUCUCUGCGGCUGCAGCAGCUGGAGCGCAUGGGCUUCCCUACGGAGCAGGCGGUGGUGGCACUGGCAGCCACAGGCCGUGUGGAGGGUGCCGUGUCACUGUUGGUUGGAGGACAAGUGGGCACUGAGACCCUGGUGACCCAUGGAAAGGGUAGGCCUGCCCACUCCGAGGGUCCUGGGCCUCCCUAGCCCAGGCAGAGAGUGGGGCACAGGCAGGCCCUUGGGUGCUAAGGGCUGGGCUGCAUGUGGGUAGCCCGAGCUCCUGCUCUGUCUAAAGAGGGCCACAGUGGGGAGCAGGGGCACCUCUGGAGGCAGGAGAGGCCCCCCAGCAUGCUGCCCUAGUACGUGUUUAGAAUAAAAACCAGUUUGUUUUUCAA